AUGGUACAGUCAUCAAAUCAAGGAAAAUCUAUUAGAAACGCAGGGUGUUUAAUUAUUGGUGAUGAAAUUUUAAAUGGGAAAAUAUUAGAUACAAAUUCAUAUAAUUUUGCCAAAUUUUGCUUUAAUAGAUUAUCAAUUCCUUUAUCUAAAACUAUUGUAUGUGGUGAUGAUGAAAAAGAUAUAACACAAUCAUUAGAUUUUUUAACAAAACAAAAUGAAAUUGAUUUCAUUAUUACUUCUGGUGGUUUAGGUAGUACUCAUGAUGAUAUUACAUAUAAAGUUAUAGCAGAUUAUUUUAAAGUAAGCUGUGAAUUAGAUAAUGAGGUUGUUGAUCGAAUGAAGAAACUUAGAGCGGAAUAUAUUAAAGCAUUAGAUACCCAGCAAUUACAUGCAUACUUUAGAAUGGCUACAAUACCAGUGCCAACAACAAAUUCAAAUACUCUUGUUGAGAAAUUCUUUGUUGAUGAAAAAUUAUGGUUUCCUAUAGUUGCAUUAAAUCAACAGGUUUACAUAUUACCUGGUGUACCUCAAUUAUUUAUGAAAUUGAUUAAUGCAAUAGAACCUAUUUUAAAACCACGUAUUAAAUCGCAACAAUACAUUAGAAGAUAUGUAGUUACUAAAACUAAUGAAAGUGUAUUGGCCCCAUUUUUGACAAAUUUACAAAAAAUUUGUAAUGAGAAAUAUGGUUUAGGUAAUCUUAAACUAGGAAGUUAUCCACAUAUGGGAUCGAGCCUUGUAACUAUUAGCAUCAUUGGGAAAGAUUUAAAUAAAGAAGAUUAUAAUUGGAUUGUUAUUGAAUUGAUAAAUCACAUUGGAGGUGAAGCUAAAGAAAUUACACAAGAAGAAGAGGAUAAAUUAAGUAAUGAAAGUUGA